AUGUCCAACACAAAUCAACCCCCAUCCAAAAAACCAACCCCAACCCCCCAAAACCACCUCAUCUUCGACCCCUGGAAUAGCAGCGCCACGGGCCACCAACGGGCCGAUUCAUCGACAGGGACCGCAUGGCGUCGAACAAGAGAAGAGAAGCUGGCUCAACAGUUCAGUUCCGCGUCGGGCGACUGUACCGAUUCCCCGAGGGAUGGUACAUCGCAUCGCAACAAAGCAGAGAAAGGGGAGUGGGUAUGGUCUUAUACGAGUCGCGCAGAGGAAUCAAGGGAUGAUGCAGCAGGACAGCGGGAUAUCCGGUCCAUGAUGCGCGUGGGGAAGCGGUCGAGGGAUGUGUCUGACUCCGGAAAGGAUCGGGAUUCGAAGUUGUUGAAGGGUUCGAAAGUUGCCGGGUUGGUGGUGAAUGCGUCGCCAGGUUCUUUGGAUCAGUUGUCGUCGUCGUCGUCGUCGUUGUCGUCAUUAUCGACCGAGGUCAAGGAACACUUACCAUCGACUGUCUCGGAUCACUAUUUGAAACGGCUCCUUACAAUGCAUGGUGCUGCCAUUUCGCUGUCGCUUUCGAGGAAGGUCUCCCAUGUUAUUGUUGCGAAGCCUAAUACGGGGCGUGGGAUGGGUGCCGGUGGGGGACUUGCGGCUUCGAAGUUACAGAAGGAGAUCUCGCGGGGUGGGUGGAAAGGGAUCAAGGUCGUUUUCGUUGAAUGGGCUCUGGAGAGUAUCGAGGCUGGGAAGCGGUUGUCUGAGGCUAGGUUUGCAAUGGAUAUCAUGCCAAAGGGGCAAAGGAGUGUUCUGUCUUUUACUGGGAUCUGA